UUUUCUACUUUUGUUUUUCUUUUAAGGUAUUAGUUGAAGUUGGUUUUGAUGUUAUUGUUACAUUACCUUAUAGUAUUUACAAUUAUUGGUAUUCUAAUGCUGUAACAUUUUCUGAUUCAAUUAGUAUUACACAAAAGCAGCUGAUUAUUUCAAUAACACGUAUUAUUUUUUAUGGAAAUUUUUCGAUUCCAUUUUAUAUUUAUUGUUGUGUAUCACCACGUUUUCGUCGACAAUUAGUUUAUGUUCUUAUUAAUAUUCAUCGUAAGCAUUGGCAAGGAAGACUUAAUCGUCAUCAAAUGAAUCGUAUUGCUCCACGAUAA